AUGAUCAUUGGCGACUUCAAUCGGGUUAUUAAGGCAUGUGAUAAACUUGGUGGUAAUAAGAUUGAUGAGCAACGAGCUGCUGAUCUCAAGUCUUUGAUUCUCGAUUUUGGUCUUGCUGAAUUGAGCUCAUUUGGAAACUGCUUAUUAUUCAUCUUGCCACCUCUUCAAUUCAUCAAGUACCUAGUUGCCGCAAUUAACACAGUUUUCAGUGAAGAUGUUUCCGGCAAAGUUGUCGUCAUCACCGGAGCCUCUUCCGGCAUCGGAGAGCAUAUGGCCUACGAGUAUGCAAGAAGAGGGGCAUGCUUAGUUUUAGCAGCAAGGAGAGAAAAAAGUCUGAGAGAAGUGGCAGACAGGGCACUGGAGUUAGGAUCCCCUGAUGUGGUUGUUGUUCGAGCCGAUGUUUCCAACGUUGAUGAUUGCAGAAGGGUUAUUGAUCAAACCAUGAACCAUUUUGGCCGAUUGGAUCAUCUAGUAAACAAUGCUGGAUUAGCUGGAGUCUGUUUGCUGGAAGACGUGGAGGAUAUUACUGGUUUUAGAAGCAUUAUGGACAUCAAUUUCUGGGGAUCGGUUUAUAUGACCAGAUUUGCGCUUCCAUAUCUUAGAAACAGUGGAGGCAGAGUAGUCGUCCUGUCUUCAGCUGCUUCAUGGAUGCCGGCUCCAAGGAUGCAUGUUUACAAUGCAAGCAAAGCUGCGCUGGUGCAGUUCUUUGAUACAUUGAGAGUGGAAUUCGGACCUGAUAUUGGCGUGACAAUUGCUACUCCUGGUUGGAUCGAAUCAGAAAUGACCCAAGGCAAAUUUGUUGGAAAACAUGGAGAAUUGGAACUAGACCCUGAAAUGAGGGAUGUUCAAAUCAGUUUAAUGCCGGUUGAACGGGUGGACGAGUGCGCAAAAGCCAUCGUCCGGGGAGCUUGCCGGGGGCAUAGAUACAUAACCGAGCCACAAUGGUUCAAAUAUACCUACUUCUGGAAGGUGUUUGCCCCAGAACUUAUGGAGUACUUGUACCGCAUUAUGUUCGUGACGAGUUUUGGCCCGUCUUCCACCGAUACGUUGGGGAAGAAACUGGUGGAUUACAGUGGUGGCGACCGGAUCCUUUACCCGGAGUCUGUCAGAGCUCCUCUGCCCAAGACCGAGUAG